UGCAGAAGCCAGCAGUAGAGGUUUCCAUGCCAGAAGAUGAGAAUCAGUAGACGACAGUGAUGGGGAAGCUGGUGGCUCCUGGGCAGAUGCUGCAGUUGCAGGGCCUCAUGGCUGCAUGAGAAGACAUGGUGCCCUAGGAAUGUCUACAGGACCUGCUGCAGUACCAGUAGCCUAGGGGAGCUCAGACAGGAGCCAGGAGCCAGGAUGCGAGGAUGACACACCCGGAGGCCCAGGCCUCCCUCCUUCCCGGGUGCUAGGAGCCGUCCCCGGGCUCCAGCCGGGAGCCCUCCUGCCCGGGGGCAUGGCCAAACCUUUCUUCCGACUCCAGAAGUUUCUCCGCAGAACACAGUUCCUGCUGCUCUUCCUCACGGCUGCCUAUUUGAUGACCGGCACUUUGCUGCUACUGCAGCGGGCCCGAAUGGCCCUCCCCCAGGGCCCCCGGGCACCUAGCACCCUGCAGGCCUUACCAGUGGCCACUGUGGCACUGGGCGUGGGCCUGCUGGACAGCAGAGGCCUCCAGGACUCCCGGGUCAGUUCAGACCUGCUGCUUAAUGUGGACGUGUUGCAGAGCCCUCUUGCCCGGCUCCCACCUGGACUCCGCUGGCCCCGGAGAAACCGCAGCUCAGUGCGGCGCCGCUGGUUCCACCACUUUGUGAACGAUCCACAUGUGACACCCACACUUGGUCCUGAGGCCCCCAGGCAAGCCAUCCGCAGCCGAGGAACCUACAUGGGAUGCUUCCGUGAUGAAGGUCAGGAGAGGACUCUGAAGGGGGCGGUGUUCUACGACCUGAGGAAGAUGACGGUUGCCCAUUGCCAGGAUGCGUGCGCAGAGCGGUCCUACAUUUAUGCUGGCUUGGAGGCUGGGGCAGAGUGCUACUGUGGGAACCGGCUGCCUGCUGCACGUGUCGGGCUGAACGAAUGCAACCACGAGUGCAAAGGCGAGAAGGGCGCUGUGUGCGGGGCUGUGGGCCGGCUCUCCGUGUACCGGGUGGAUGUGCCGCAGCCGGGCUCCAGCAAGCGGCGGACUGCCACCUACCGUGGGUGCUUCCAACUGCCAGAGAAUGUCACACAUGCCUUCCCCACCUCCCUGAUCCAAGCCAACAUGACUGUGGAGAUGUGCUCAGGAUUUUGUUCCCAGAAAGAGUUUCCCUUGGCUGUCCUGCGGGUCUGGGAGUGCUACUGUGCCUACCCAACACCCCAGUUCAACCUGCGGGAUGCUGUGGACAGCACGCUGUGUAGCCCCGCCCCUGAGGCACAGACGACAGCUGGCUACUGUGAGGUCUACCAGACUCCUGUGCAAGACACACGCUGUACAGACAGAAGGUUCCUUCCCAACAAAUCCAAGGUAUUUGUGGCUUUAUCAAGCUUCCCAGGAGCCGGCAACACGUGGGCAAGGCACCUCAUUGAGCAUGCUACGGGCUUCUACACAGGGAGCUACUACUUCGAUGGAACCCUAUACAACAAAGGGUUCAAAGGCGAGAAGGACCACUGGCGAAGCCGGCGCACUAUUUGUGUGAAGACCCAUGAGAGUGGCAAGAGGGAGAUUGAGAUGUUUGACUCAGCCAUUCUGCUGAUCCGGAACCCCUACAGGUCCCUGGUGGCUGAAUUCAACAGAAAAUGUGCUGGGCACCUGGGCUAUGCUCCAGACCGCAAUUGGAAGAGCAAAGAGUGGCCAGACUUCGUGAACAGUUACGCGUCAUGGUGGUCCUCACACGUGCUGGACUGGCUGAAGUACGGGAAGCGGCUGCUGGUGGUACAUUACGAAGAGCUGCGCCGCAGCCUGGUACCCACUCUGCGGGAGAUGGUGGCCUUCCUCAAUGUGUCUGUGAGCGAGGACCGGCUGCUCUGCGUGGAGAACAACAAGGAAGGCAGCUUCCGGCGGCAUGGCCAGCGCCCCCAUGACCCAGAGCCCUUCACCCCUGAGAUGAAAGACUUGAUCAAUGGCUACAUCCGGACAGUGGACCAGGCCUUGCGUGAUCACAACUGGGCUGGACUGCCCAGGGAGUACGUGCCCAGAUGAUAGGCCCCUGCCCAAGUGUUCCCCUCUGCUGCAAGAUGCAGUCAUGCCAUGGAACUAUACCCCUGCUCUGCUGCUGGGACAUGGACCUCUGGGAUGAGGGACAUGUGGCUGCUUGCACACAGUCAGCAGGGAAGCCCUCGGGUGCUGCUUCACAUGCAGGGAGACCUGAUCUAGAUGCCAAACCCAGACAGACACAUCGCAGGACAGAUACAAAUGGACACACACUCCUGACAGACACUCACACAUCACAGACACUUACUUACACAUGAUUCCACACUCGCAGUGCUCAUUUUGAUGUGCCUAAGCCACCUACGCAGGGUAAGCCAGAUGUGCCCAGCCUUGCAAAUGCAGCCACACAGGGACACGAACACAUAGGGGCCAGGGCGUGUGUCCAGAGGCUGGUUGGCUGUCUAUCUCUCAUACAUGCACGUGCACAUACAUGCACCCUGGGCUCUGAGAGGCCCUGGGCUCCCUGUGUCCAGAGCCAGCACAGACCUGCUUGCCAGAGCCCUCAGCUCUAGAAUGCCAGAGUACAAAGGCAUUCAUUCUCCAAGCAUAAAGGGAUGGAAGUGGGUGUACAGACUGUUGAUGUUGGGCUAUUCAGCCUUGACCUUCUCUGACAUCGCAUAAAGGUAUGUGCCGUUAACUAUCAGGCACUGUAAACUCUGCAGCCCAGCCUCUCUCUUCUCUCUGGACAGGGUAGUGAGGUACUGUGGGCAGAGUGAAGCUCACACCUCUGCCCUGCCCUGCCAAUGCACAUACUUACCAACCUGCUCAGCCCUGCCAUGCCCUUUGACUCACAUCAAGUCAGUGAUCCUCAGAAUGGGACUACCUCCUGCCUUCUUCCACUUUCUAAGAAAUCUGGCAAUUCACACUCUGCCUCUGAAGCAGGGUGUGAGGGUUGGGGUAGGACAGAGGCUAAGCCUCUAGGGGAGUCCAAGACCCAAGAGGUCCAUAUGACAACAGGAGGGGAAAGAGGAGGACAUGGGAGACCCUUGAGGGUGCACUUGGGGCCACUGGGACUGUUGUCCAGACAUAUCAACAAGAGCUAUUCUCUGUAGAUCUCACAAUGGGGUCAUAGAAAUGUUCUAUGUGACCUUUGUGGCACAGCUUCUGCCUGACCUCUGGUGGCAGAGCCCUCUGUGUCACUCUGUGUUCAUCCUGACACAUCCUAUCACUAUUGUAUUGUCACACAGCCUUUUUGCCACACCCUGUCUCUUUCUGUGUAGUGACAUUGUUCCCAUUUGUUUGUUCUGCUCCCGGUGGCCUCUGUGUCCUUCCUGACGUGAAGCUAUCCUAGAACUUAUUUUUGCAUCUUAAAGCUGAGAAUACCAGUCUUUGUAAGUGUCUUGAAAGCCCCUGACAAAGCCAUUUCCCUUGGGCAUGGAAGCAGUUGAGAAUUACAGUUUCCAGGCUGCCUUGGAAAGAAGCCAGACAUGUCUACAUCCCAGAGCAAACCUAUGUUCUCUAAGAGGCAGUAGAUCUGGCAUCAGAUUGCAGGACAGCAAAGAAGCUGACCUCCUCCUGAGAUAGAUUUGAGGUUUGAGCUCACUCUUCAGGGCCAUCCAGGGGCAAAGUCUGAAACCAUAGAGGCUAUGUAUAGCAAAAAUGUCGAGAGAAUUGACCAGGCCUGCAGCCAGGGCAUGAUCUCUUAUACUUCACCCACUACCCCAGAAGUUGGGGAGUGCAGCAAGCCCCAGAGUUGCUCCUGGGAGCUUGUUGGUACAUUCUCUGCUGCCAGAUGUCUCAAGGCUUCAUCCCCUUUCAGGAGGGUGCCACCAGUUCAUGUGGCAUGGAGCUCACAGCCACCGCUGGCUCUUAGCAGUGGGUGAGGCAUCUGUGCUUCUGAGAAAAAUCGAUUUGGCUCUCUCCAAGUUAGAUGGCAUCUCCAGCUCUCACCUCAGAACGGAGGCUACUGUCCUGACCAGCCACACAGUACAAGCUGAUCUGUCUGUAGAGCAGAGUGUAACAAAUACAGUGAGAGUCAGAACAGAAUAGCAAGACUAUCUACAGAUUCCAACUUUAAUAGCAAGGAUAUGGGGUUACACAAAACUGUGUUAAAACAUGUCCCUUUCAUGGAUUUUAUCUCUUGUUGUGGAUCAAUUUGAAAAAACCAAAAUAUAUAAUUUUAAGAAACUAAAACACAUUCUGAUAAUCCUAGUGAUGUGUAAAUGAGAGAAAAGAAUAGACAGGCCCCAAAACCCUGGGAAGAAAGCUGCUUAAUUAUGUGAGCAUCUUAUAAUGAAGCCUCUUGCAGCUAAAAUUAGAUUUUGAGUGCAUGAAUAUGCGAUCAUGUUUGCACAUCAGAAUGCAGGGGUUUUUUUUCUCUUAAAAGUACCAAGAGCUAUUUGGUUCUUAGGAAGCCCCAAGAAGGGAGGAGGAAGAGAGGAGGUUGAUUCCUGCAGCUGCAAGAAUCCUUAAGGCCCAAGGUUGUUUUUGUUUGACCUCAAAACUUGAUGAAGGUGUUUGAAAUUCAGUGACUACAAAGCAGUCUAUGAGAGUUACAGAGAAAUUGAUUGUUCCAACAUGAUCGUCAUGGGUGUUGGGUGUAUCAGCCUGAACCAGGUAGGAAUCAAGUACCGUGGGAGCACUGGAGGGUUUCUAUAUGGUUGGGCUGGGUUGUGGCCCCCGCUCUGCUCUCAUCUUGGACAGUCCUUUCCCUUGCCUGGUCUCAGUCUUUUCAUCCAUAAAACAAGGGAUGUGAUGGAUGUUGGUUGCAUCUCCAGCAUGCAUUCCUCUAUUUCCUUUCCCAGCAGUCUCUCAUUUCUGCUAAGGUUUCAGUGACGUGGCAGAACCAGCUGUCACCACUCCCAGGAGUAAACAUUCAAUGUAGACUAAACCAAUAACAUAGUCCGCCUCUCUGACCAAAGUGAUUGAUCCAGAUAUGACUGCAUGAGGUAGAUAUAUUCAGAAAGAGGGACUUUGAAGAUUUCUGGGGGUGACCAGGUGUGACGGCAUGUGCCUGAAAUCCCAGCUCUCUGGUAGGCUGAGGCAGGAA